AUCUCCCAAAAUAAUUUGGCUGCUGCAUUUGACUACGAAUUUCAUUUCUCUUUGCUUGCAAUUGCUGUUAGCCUACUCUCUCUGCCUACUAAUCUCUAUCUCUCUCUAGAAUUGAAUAAUACGAUGGCGUUUAAGGGAAUCGGAUUCUGAUCGGGACAGUCGGGAAUGGCGGUGCUGUUGGUGCUGGCCUUCAUAAUUGGGGCGAUUAGUGUUCUCGCGAUCGAGGCGGCAGCGCUGUGGCUUUUCAUUCGGCGCCUCGAUCGCAAAGUCGCGGAGGUAGAAAGCAAGACCAAGGCGCCUUCUGCCCUUGAGCACAGCACCUUCCCCUCCUUAUAUGACAAGCAGGGGACCUUAUGGAUUCUAGAACCUGAUAAAAUUCCAAAAUCUAGGCAUGAAGAUAAAGUGCCAAAAGAGCAAAGGAGAAAAAAAGAAAUUCUGGAGGUGACCCCUGUCAGGAAAAAUGCAAGAAUUAGAGAUCAUUAUCUCAUCCUGAUGGAAGCGGAUGUUUCCUGUGUGGAGAUUCCACUAAGGGGGUGCACAAUUGUUGCUGUUUCUGCUACUGAUCUUCCAUCAAGAAAAUGGGUGAAAAGGUAUCCAAUUAAAGUAGAGAGCAAGGAUUUAGCUAUAUAUAAAGGAUCCAAAAUUAUUUACCUAUAUCUGGAGACGGCAUGGGAGAAGGAGUCCUGGUGUAAAGUCCUUCGCCUUGCUUCCUGCGAUGAUGGAGAAAAAAAUGCAUGGUUUUCCAAGCUGACUAUGGAGUUUCAGUAUUACCUAGCAUCACUUAAUGCUGGAUACCCUUCUUUUAUAAAACCUUCAGGAGGUGUUAAUGCUGAACCCGUUAAUAGGACAGAUAAACUUGAUAAUUCUUCUUCAAGGGUUCGGCAUUUUCUGAAGAAACUAGCUAAAAAGGCUUCCAAAAGUGCGCAUGACUAUAAACCAAGCGGCCCAUCAAUUUCUGGACAUGAAGAAAGAAAAGUGAUUUCAAAGUCUUAUUCAUCCCAAGACAUUGCCAUGCCUAAUGGAUCAGCUAAAAUUGAUACAACGGCAAAACUUCCUAAUGCUUAUUUUGCUGACACUAGCAUGACAUCAUCAGUUUCACCCUCCUUAGAAUUAUCUGGAUUAUCUGAGGCAGAUUCCAAAGAGAAGUAUGUAGAUGAAGGCACACUGUGCUUGAAUAUGGUUAUUUCACGGCUGUUCUUUGAUGCUAAGAACAACUUGCAGCUUAGGAGUUCUUUACACACUCGAAUUCAGAGAGCACUAUCCAAUAUGCGAAUCCCAAGUUACAUUGGUGAAGUCACAUGUACAGCUGUGGAUCCUGGCACUCUGCCUCCACGAAUCCUUGCAAUGAGGGUCCUUCCCUCGGAUAUGAACGAGGUAUGGUCCAUGGAAAUCGAUGUUGAGUAUUUAGGUGGCAUGGUUCUGGACAUUAUAACAAGGCUUGAGCUUCGAGAAUUAGAAGUUGAAGAAGAGAAAACACGGCUCAAUGGAAACGAUGAUGGUGAGGUCCCCUCUGAUCUUCUGGAAGGUUUUGAGGAUCUUGGGAAACAGUUGAAGCUGGGUGAAGAGACAAACACUGAAGGAUAUCAUGAUACAGAUGAUGCUGACAAUCCCAGAAACUCUGUGAAUUCACCAGCUCACGGGUCUAAAUGGAAGUCAAUAAUACAUUCCAUCACGAAACAAGUGUCACAAGUUCCUCUCUCAUUGGGGAUGAGGAUUUCCUCUAUUAGUGGGACAAUACGGGUGUGCAUGAAGCCUCCACCUUCUGAUCAGAUAUGGUUUGGGUUUACUUCGAUGCCUGAUAUUCAAUUUCACUUGGACGCAUUUGUGGGGGACCACAAAAUUACAAAUGCUCGCCUAGCUUUGUUUCUGAUCAGUCGAAUCAAGGCAGCAAUUCGGGAAACGUUGGUACUUCCAAACAGUGAGAGUAUCAUACUUCCUUGGAUGUUGGCAGAGAAAGAUGAUUGGGUCCCCAGGAAAGCUGCCCCUUUUAUGUGGUAUAAAAACAAUCAAGAUUCUGUUGGUAUGAACUCAAGACGAGAAGCACCAUCAUUCCAACCUGGGGAAUUAGCUCAUAAUGCUGCAUCAAGCCAUGGAAAUUCUUCUAGGUCAGAAGUCGACUAUGAGGUGUCAAAGAAUGCGAGUUCUAUCCCAGAAGGAACAGGUGAAUCCGUAGGCCCCCGGGAAUCUUCAUCAAGUUCCAUGGGCGAGACAAUGUCAAACAGCAGUUCUUCGCAAGAUCUUAGAGCCCCUUUACUGAAGGAUGAGAAGAUGCACGAAUCUACCACCAGGAGUAUAGAGCCUAUACAGGAUGCCCGUGUGCAUUCUCCAUCACGUUUCUUUACAACAGUUGACGAUGAUAUGAAUCCGAAAAAAAUGGGAACGAAAGAGCGCAUGCGUGGAUUAGGGAAGAAAGUGGGGGAAAAGCUUGAGGUGAAGAGGCGUCACUUCGAAGAAAGAGGAAGAAGUUUUGUCGAAAGGAUGAGGGGACCGUGAGUAAAUACUAGUAGUAUUUCAUUCCUUGUAGUAUGUCUCUGCUACUUGCAUUAUUCUUUUCUCAGGAAUCUUUGUGUCUAACAGUGUACAAAGUUCCCCAAAUUCUAUAAACAUAAAUAGAAGAUAUAUACUGAAGUCUUAUUGCA